AUCAGUCGCUGAUUCUCCAUCCAAGCCUGUGCAGUCGACAGUUUCGAUUAUGUCUGUGGAUAACGUGAAACCAAGUGAUGACAUGAACACCCCGCCAGUUGGUUAUGCCGGGAAAUUGCCAGCGGAAGUCGGAACAGAUCACACCUUUAAAAGAAAAAUCGUCUGGAAAAACGCCAUCGGUUUUCUUCUAUUGCAUCUGUUUGGAUUCUACGGCUUCUAUUUGAUUUUCAACGGCGCCAAAGUGGCUACAUCGGUGUUCAUGUUUUCAGUGGCGGCGUUAUCCGGCGAAGGCAUAACUGUCGGAGCACACAGACUUUAUUCGCACAAGUCAUUCAAAGCGACUUUUCCCUUAAAGUGUAUUCUUAUGGCAGCACAAACUAUAGCUGGACAGAAUUGCAUGUACAUUUGGGUCAGAGAUCACAGGCUGCAUCACAAAUACAGCGACACAGAUGCUGACCCCCACAACGCAAACCGCGGCUUCUUCUUCUCCCACAUGGGAUGGCUGAUGAGCAAAAAACACCCAGCUGUCAUCGAGAAAGGAAAACUAAUCGAUAUGUCCGAUUUGGAAGCCGACCCACUGAUCAUGUUUCAGAAAAAAUACUACAAGCCAUUGUACUUCAUCUUUGCGAUGGUAUUCCCAAUUGGCACUCCCAUCUUGCUAUGGAAUGAAACUCUGUACAACUCUUUCGUCAUCAAUUUCUUCAGCAGAUAUGUCUUCAUCCUGCACAUCACUUGGUCAGUAAACAGUCUCGCGCAUUUCUUCGGGACAAAGCCCUUCGAUCAAUUCAUGCUUCCGGUGGAAAGUUGGCUGGUGUCUUUUCUCACUUUCGGAGAAGGAUGGCACAACUACCAUCAUGCAUUCCCAUGGGACUACAGGGCGUCAGAGAUAGGGGCCAAAUUCAGCAUCACCACCAAAGUGAUAGAGUUCUGCGAACGCAUAGGAUGGGCCUACGACCUGAAAACAGCUCCUUACAGCAUGGUGGAGCAGAGGUCCAUCAGAACAGGCGAUGGGAGCCACCCAAUGUUCAGCAAAAAGACCAAAGACUUGCCUGUGGAUGAGUACAACCUCAAAAAGGUUAAACCUGAUGUUCGUCAGAGAACCGCAGCUUUGGGUUAACAUUUCAUUGUAUCGCCUUCCACUUACCACUCAAAAUAAUUAUAAUAAUCAUUCUCUCAGUCAUAUUUAUUUUUGCCAAUAGUAUUAUAAAAAGUACAUGAACAAUGUUCAUUGAACAUGAUUCACACAUAAAAUAGUAUAGUGGUGGGCCUAUACAAAGUAGUGUUAUAGAGAUAUCUGCUCAAAAAACAUAUUAUAUUCAUGAGGCUGAUAUUAGACUGCCGUUCAUUUGUUAAGAGUUGUGAUAGCAUCCAGGGUCGACGAUGUUGUAUAUAGUUCGUGCUUUGUUUGUAAAUAGAUUAGUUAUAGUAUUAUAUAUUUAUAUAUCUUAUAUAUUUAUGUAUAAUAUAUCUACAUUAUAUCAUAAUGUAAUGAUUUAAAGGUUUAUUAUAUUUUUUUA